AUGUCGGUGGUUGCAGUGCUGUGUCCUCUUUUGGACCUGGUCUCCCCCAUUGAUGAACGUCCGCUGUCGCUAUUCCAAGGCAGCGUGAGUGAGUAUUCUGUCGGAUGUGUGCGUGCCGACGGUGUCGUCGUGGAGCUGGCACAGCGAGAGCCGCUAGCUGAACGAGGGCGGACACAGUCGACUAUCUACGCUACACGGACGUUUGCUGCUGCAAUCGGUCAGAUCUUGACUGGCGUUGCCUUCAAUGGUGAAGAGUACGGAGGAUCGUUCGACUUCUCGCUUUCGUUUCCGCAACUGAUGUUGUUGCUAGCUGCCUGCACCACGCCAAUCCUCCCGGUUACGUGGCUGUACAUCGAGGAGUCUCCGAAGCCGCCAGUGAGCUUCUCCAAGUACGUGCGUGACUUCUGGAAGGCGAUGAAGACUCGCGCGGUGUACCAGGUCGCCUUCUACUCGUUCUUUAGCGGCAUCUUCGCCAGCUUCUCGUACACUGCGGGGUCUCCGAUCCAGUUGUACAUGGUGGGGGUCACGCCCAUCAACAACACCAUUAGCGACAUCAUCGGCAGCGCCGUGUUCAUGGGCGGCAUCGUGCUCACAGGCAAGUACGGACUGGCGUGGAACUGGCGCACGAUGACGGUGCUAACGGGUGUGGCGGUGAUUGCUGUCGACGCGGUGUCCAGUGGUUCUGGCUAG